CACUCAUUUCUCUUUUUUUUACAAAAGACACGCAAACAUGGCUUCUACUGACAACAAGGACUGGCAGGCGACUGACGCUGCCACCAAGGGCGACACCAAGCGCUCUGCCGACAACGGCCCCGCCGGCAUGCAGCCCGACGGCGAGAUCGAGUCCAACUGGGACCAGGUCGUCGACAACUUUGACGCCAUGAACCUCCGCGAGGACCUGCUCCGCGGCAUCUACGCCUACGGUUUCGAGAAGCCGUCUGCCAUCCAGCAGCGCGCCAUUCUCCCCGCCAUCAAGGGCCACGACGUUAUUGCCCAGGCCCAGUCUGGUACCGGCAAGACCGCCACCUUCUCCAUCUCGGUCCUGCAGUCGAUCGACACGUCCAUCCCCCACUGCCAGGCCCUCAUCCUCGCCCCGACCCGUGAGCUCGCCCAGCAGAUCCAGAAGGUCGUCAUCGCCCUCGGCGACUACAUGAACGCCAACUGCCACGCCUGCAUCGGUGGCACCAACGUCCAGGAGGACAUGAAGAAGCUCCAGAACGGCGCGCACAUUGUUGUCGGCACCCCCGGCCGUGUCCAGGACAUGAUCAACCGCCGUGCCCUCCGCACCGACAGGAUCAAGAUGUUCGUCCUCGACGAGGCUGACGAGAUGCUCUCGCGCGGCUUCAAGGACCAGAUUUACGACGUCUUCCGCCUGAUGCCCCCGACCAUCCAGGUCGUCCUGCUCUCGGCCACCAUGCCCGCUGACGUCCUCGAGGUCACCACCCACUUUAUGCGCAACCCCAUCCGCAUUCUCGUCAAGCGCGAGGAGCUCACCCUCGAUGGUAUCCGCCAAUUCUACAUUGCCGUCGACAAGGAGGAGUGGAAGCUCGACACUCUCUGCGACUUGUACGAGACCCUCAACGUCACCCAGGCCGUCAUUUUCACCAACACCCGUCGCAAGGUCGACUGGCUCACCGAGAAGAUGCACGCCAAGGACUUUACCGUCUCUGCCCUCCACGGUGACAUGGACCAGAAGGAGCGUGACGUUAUUAUGCGCGAGUUCCGCUCGGGCUCGUCCCGUGUCCUCAUCACCACCGAUUUGCUCGCCCGUGGUAUCGACGUCCAGCAAGUCUCCCUCGUCAUCAACUACGAUCUCCCCACCAACCGCGAGAACUACAUUCACCGCAUUGGUCGUGGUGGUCGCUUUGGCCGCAAGGGCGUUGCUAUCAACUUUUUGACUGCCGAUGAUACCCGCACCCUGCGCGAGAUUGAGCAGUUCUACAACACUCAGAUCGAGGAGAUGCCCAUGAACGUUGCUGAUUUGAUCUAAGCGAGCGAGAAGUUUCACACCAAGAAAAGGGGGUGGGGGAAAAAAAUGUGGGAUUUAUCUCCCUUUUUUUUUCCUUCUUCUUCUUUUUUUCGGUUUCAUCUUCUUCUUGUUUGGUUUUGAAUCCUCUCUUCGUUCUCCUCGUGCCCUCACUGUUGUUCUUUUUUUCUUUUCUUUUUUCUCUCUCGCUCUCUCCUUCUUUUAUUCUUCCCCGGUUUAUUGUCUGUGUUCCUGGUUUGAUUCUGUCUUGUAUCGCUGACGGAUCUGCAGCCCCGCACCAUUCCACCCUGCCCCGCCACAGCAAACCCUUCCUCCCGUUAAGUCAAUCACGCGCGCGCCUCUCAACAAAGCAACGAAAUUCAGCGAGCAACCAUUUUCGUGGGACUUGACCCAAGAAGUGGGGUGCCGCGCUCCUCCCUCUCACAUUGAUUCAUAGUCACGACCAUUGUGUGUGUUUUGUGUUUGUUUUUCCUACAUCCCGGUUUUCCUUCAUUUUGUAAUCCUUGGCACGAAAAAUUUUGAAAGUAAAAAACAUUGAAAAAUCA